AUGCAUUCACUUGGAGCAGCAGAAGCGCAGUACGCGGCAGCAAAAACUUCGGUGUGGUGGGACAUAGAAAAUUGUCAGGUGCCUAGGGGAUGUGACGCCCAUGCAAUCGCUCAGAAUAUAAACAAGGCAUUAAUGAAUAUGAACUAUCACGGACCAGUCACCAUUUCCGCCUAUGGUGACACUAAUGGCAUCCCUUGGUCCGUUCAACGAGCCCUCUCUACUACUGGAAUCCGUCUCAAUCACGUCCCAGCCGUGACUAAGGAUGCUAGUGAUAAGAGAAUAUUGGUGGAUAUGAUAUUUUGGGCAAUGGAUAAUCAUGCACCUGCAAAUUAUUUGCUCAUUUCAGGAGAUGGAGAUUUUUCCAAUGCAAUUCAUCAGUUACGGAUGAGGAAAUAUAAUAUUCUUUUAGCACAACCUGUUUGUGCUUCUCCCGCUCUUGCUAUUGCUGCCACAAAUGUGUGGCAAUGGACAAGCCUUGCUGCUGGAGGAUCUCCACAAGGAUUUGCGUUUCGUAACAACACAUAUCGUCAAAAUUAUAUACCGACUCUAAUUUCUAAACCUAUAUCAGCAAACCAACCUGAUUUUUCCAAUUCCCAUGCCAAUAACAACACCAAUGCUAAUGCUUCCAGGGCCCAAAGUUUAUCUAAUCCUGGAUGCUAUUCUUAUGUACCUAAGAACUCAAAUCAACUAACUAUGACCGGCAUGUCAACUUGUAGCUGGUAUUGCCCACGCGCACCAGCUGUUGCACCAGUGCAGUUUGUACAAAACCGUUUUUUCACAAAGUCUGAUAGUUCAGAGAACCACAACAGUAAAUUCAUAGAAAAUGAGUCUGUUCAGCGUACUCAGUCCCAACCUCCUAUUGUUCCAGUUAACCUUGUCAAAUUGAACUCUUGCCAGGACAAUGUGCAACCCCCACUUCAACGACCUGAAGGCAGGGGUGAUUUAUGUGUUUCUAUGAACAAGGGUGAUGUACGUCCUGACUUUUCCUUCCUUCCACCCUCAUCGGGUGUUUCUAAAUCUGUCUCUGGUAAUUUAGAUUUGGAUCUCCAGCUGCCUGAACACAUUCAAAGUCUUAUACAGGUCAUAGUUAAUUCGUUGAACACUUUAAGGCUCGAGAAGAUUUUGCCUACCAAAGAAAACAUUGGUUACUGUAUACAUUAUAGUAAACCUGAAUAUCGUCAUACUGAUGUUACAGUAGCCUUAAAUACUGCACUAGAGCAACAAGUGAUAUUAAAGUUAGGACUAGUUAACUUUGAUCUAUAUGUUGGUAAGACUGCAAGGAUUUGGAAAUGUGUGAAUCCACUUGGUGGCAAUCCUAACCAGUAUAAGGAUGCAAUUUGGAAUGCGAUUGAGGAAUUUCUUUGUUCAACUGUUGGACGUUUAGCGAUAGCAGCAUCUGAAUGCAGGUAUGAAGCCGCUUUGAUUCUUAGAAAUGCAUGUCUCAAAAAUCUUACAUUGGGUGAAGUACUACAAAUCCUAAAUAUGAUUAUUACUCUAAAGGGUUGGAUCAAAACUCACUCUGAGUGGCAACCAAUUACUAUCACUCUUCCAGCAACUAAUAAUGAUAUGGAUACCAAAUCAGGGUCAUGA